AUGAGAAGAACGCCUACUUCACCCUCUCGAGUUAUUCUAUCCCAACACUAUUUGAAUCCUUUCUAUUUUGAUUUUACGAAAAAUCAUUGUAAUUGUUGUCCACAUGAUGAUCCUCUUUUAAUUCUGUUUCAAUGUUAUGGUUCUUCUUCUUCUUCUGCUUGUCUCCUAACGAAACAUUCUAAUCAUUCAAUACAUCAUAAUACUGCUGUUUGUACCAGUAAUACAAUCAAUGCAUUUGAUGGAAAGAAGAAGAGGAAUUUAAUGAUUGAGGAGUAUAGGAAACUAAUUGAUGAAGCAAUUAUUCAAUACGAAAGGUUGGAAAUUGAAUCUGCAUUGGGAUGUUUAAAGCAAGCCACUUGUAAAUAUUCGAAAGAGGAGGAGAAACAUUUUCUUGCUCCCUUAUUGUAUGCUCAGAUUUUGGGAGAUACAAUUCAUGAUGAAACUCUGAGAAAUGAAUUGUUGAGUCCGUGUAGAGAAAGAUUAAAAGAAGCACUGCACUAUAUAGAAAUUGCCAGAGAUUAUUUGAAACAAAUGAAAUUGGUUGCACUAUCGUAUCAGAAUUCAAAAGAGAACCAUCAAGAGGAAGGAACAGUAAUACACUUCUCUCCACUAAAAGUCCAACAACAAACACAGGAGAGUAUAUUGAAGAGGAUUGAAUUAUGGAUUGAUUCAGUAGAGUAUUACAUUUGUGGAAACUUUGAGGAAAUGAAAAAGACAUCCUCAAAGGGAAUAGCUCUUGGAGAGGAAGUUUACUCCAAGCUUAAUUGUUCUCGACAUCACCACAGAACAAAUACUAGAAAUCAUUCUUCAACAUUGAAUCAUUCACAACAUUCUCAUUUGGAUUUUGUCUCACUUCGUAAAAUGAAAGACCACAACCAGCAACACAUCUUUCAACAUAACUUCGAGAAGGAUAUUAAUUUCAUUUACCAACACCAUAGAGAUGUUACAAUGGGAGAAUUGUGGCGAUUACAAUAUAUUGCAUCGAAUUGCCAACAAGUCUCCACAGAAACAGUACCACCAGAUCAACUCCGUAUGCAAUAUAGAUAUCUGUGUAAGAGUAUGGCCUUUGGUAAUUUGAUUCCAUCGAGAGUACUGUGUCAAAUUGCACUCGUUUGUCACACUUUAGAACAGUUGACCAAUACUUCAUCCUCAGUUUCAAAUUACCAUCCCCAACAACCAAACUGCACUUCAUCUGAUGAAGAACUCAUGUUGAGAGCCAAAAUUCACGAUUUGGUAUUCCAUGAUAGUGGUGGCCAUACUCUCAAAAAGAUGAACCAGAUAUCACUCAAAUCUCUCAAAGAAGCCAACAUUUUUGCCAAGAUUAAAUCUCCAAGAGAGGUCAUUAACCUAUCCAAUAAGAGAAUUUCCCUCCCUGAACAAUACUUUCAGGACUCAUUUCUACUGAAUGGACGUGGAUCUUUCUGUGGAUCGAUUGAGUGUGCUCUGGGUGAAUCCAACCUUGUAGCAAAUAAUCUUACCAAAGUAAUGAGAUUAUUCCCAGUGGAAGGUAAAUUCAAUCCAGUUCUCCUCUCAAUACUUGGCUAUUGUCUCUAUAAGGAUGGUGAGGAUAAGCGAUCUGAAACACUCUUCUCUAGAGCAAUCUCAUUACACCCUAACAAUUUUUCAAUCUUUAAGAGUAUGAAUGAAAAAUUCUAUCUCCUAUGUUAUAGGUUCUUCCUGCUUUCUGAGGAAAAAUUUGUUGAACAAGUUGAAGUACUUUUCAAACGAAUUUUGAACAUGGCAAUGGAAAGAGCAACAUCUGAUAGAUUGAUUUAUCUAGUGAGAGGACAACAACGUUGUUUCCUCUCCCUCAUUCCCAAUUACUAUGAUAAUAGUAUUGAUAUUGAACUCAAAGAGGACGAAGUUCAAAGAACUAUUGAAUCUUUGGACUAUUAUUCCUACCUGAGCAAUGAAGAACAAAUAGAUGGACUCACCUGCAAGUACACUAAACGAAUGAGAGAGAAUCUCUUUCGUUUCUGUUCUGAUUCUAACCAAGAUAUAACCUGUAAAUUCACUGACCUAACAUGUUUUUGUAAAUAA